GCUGUCAAAUUUGGCCGGAUGUCGAAGAAACAACGAGACAGCCUCCACGCCGAAGUCCAGAAACAGCUGCAGCAGCAACAACAACAUCAAGGCGGAGAGAGCUCCACCUUCUCCUUGGGCAUGGCCAACGGUCAACUCAAGCUGGACCCUUCUCCAGAUUUCCGAGAAGGCUCCCCUGCACUCCUCACCAGACAGACCCGCCUUAGCCAGUCUCCAGAUGAGACCGCGGACUUGGCCUACUCUAACGGACUCCCCAAGGCGCAGAUACUCCUGGGUGAGGACCAGCAGGACUUCUUCAAGAAAGGGUAUGGUCCUGGGGUCAUCAAGGUAGAACCCAGGAGCAGCGUCUAUUACGCUAUGGAGACGCAGGCGUCACCAGACCUCCUGUCCCCAAAUGACACCAGAGCAGAUCACACAGCAGCCAGCGAGACCCUUGACGUCUAUGCCAACCCGAGCUUCACCGGCUUCUUGGAGUGCCCGCAUCCUUCGCUAACGGAGAUUG